UAUCAUUAUAGCUCAGUUCAAGAAAUCCACUCUCGCCGGCUGCUGAGCCGUCCCAUUCGGUGGUGGCGUCGACGUUUUUUUUUUUUGUCUCUGUUUCGAUCCCUCUCGAAAUUCACAGCUCAGCUUUUGCCCUCUUCUCCGAUUUCGUGUCCCCAUUAUGCGCCCCUCAUCCUGAGAGGGAUUAUUAGAUCGUAAAGGUUGGAGCUUUUUCGCGCUACCGCUCGCCGCCGUCGAAUCCCAGAGAAAGGUGGGGUUCUUCAAUUGCUAGACUUUGCCUGCAGUCGGUUUGUUUGAUCCGUGUUUAUACAAUGGCCCAGACAAGGGAAAAGUGCGGUGACCUGAUGCAAUGGCUUGGAGUUGACAUGUUUAUUCAGGUUCUGAUGCAUUUGGAUGACCCUUCUGAUCUCGUUCGUCUUUGUGCCGUUUCAAGUUCUUGGCGCCGGUUUGUGAUUGAACAUGGCAUCUGCAAACAGCUCUGCUUGAGGAAGUUUCCUGGAAUGUGUAGUAACGUUGAUCUCAUUGAAGUGGAUAAUCUGAUUGAACCGGUAGGUCGGACUAGUGACUGUAGAAGGAGCUGGGAGUGGCUCAAGAGGAACCAUAGAGUCUACGCGUUUCUGGCACGUGGCCUUUCUCCAGUUGUGACGAAAGACUGCAUCUCGGAGGCCAUCUGUGCAUCCAGCACAGAUAAUUACCCAGAAGAGACGAUUCAGAAUACCUUGGAGGCAGGCGAUAGAGUUGAGGAUCGAGCAUCCUACUGGUCUAGUAAAGGGCAAGCCAAUCCAGACGUUCCUGAGAGAUUAGUUUACAAGUUGGCAUCCAAGUUAUGUCUAGUCACUGAAAUCCAUGUUCAGCCUUUUCAAGCGUACUUCCAGUAUGGGUUCCCUAUAUACUCAUCAAAAAGCGUUCGGUUUAGACUCGGUCAUUCAAAGUUCCCAAUGGAGUUGGAGGAUGAUAUAGCGAUUGUUACAUAUGGCCAUAGACCAAGAGAUGACCAUUUUGUCUGGUCUUACACCUCCCCUGAAUUUCCCAUGGCUCAGGAAAGCCAACUGCAAAAAUUCAAGCUGCCAGAACCGGUACUUUGCAUAGGAGGGAUUCUGCAAGUUGAGCUACUUGGCAGAGCUCAGAGACAAGAGAUAGAUGGUUUACAUUACAUCUGGUGCUCUCUCGUUCCCCUUUAUACGCUCUCUUUUCUCUUUUUCCCAGCACGGCUACUCCAGUUUCUCCACAGGCUAUAAACCUGUGAAGAACUUCAUUCUAUUGGCUUCACUACACUGACACAUGCACUUUUCAAGCGGUGGUUGCAGUCUCUCUCAUGUUCAAGCAGCUGGACAGCAGCUCAUGAAACCAUUUGACGUCGAGCUAACUGACUCCACUGGAGAGUGCUCCUUAGAGUACACUCCCGAAACAGAAUCUAGUGAAUCGGCCAGUGCAUCCCUACGAGGGAGAAGAAUUGCAGCUUCUCUUUUGCGCAGUUUUGUUGUCAGACUUUUGGGGAGAGAAUCAAGGGAUCAAGGGGAUGCCUCCCACCAGGCUAGCUCCUGAGUGUGAAGAUUGUCAUAAGAGCGACUAAUUGCCGAUCAUCGGUCAUGAACAACUUGAAGCCAUCUCCAUGCUAUGGCUUCGGUUACUAUGGGGGCAUUCGUUAUCAUCGAUUACCAUUGAUAAUGAAAAUGUAUAUCAUAUUAGCUUACUAGUUAUCAUCAUAGUACAUUACAAAUUGCAUGACCAGAAACACGGAGAGGAAUAAUGGCAGCUAUUACCUAUUUAAGCACAAUAAGUUUUGUUCCCUUACGAUUCGCAAUAAACGGUUCUGGGAGGGGAGAGUAUAAUUCUGUACAAACGAGAUGGCCAAAAAACUCAUUCAAUAAAACCAAACAAC